UAAACAAAUGAGGAGGUUAAAAUAUCAGUCCAUAGAGGACUGUGACAGAAAGGGCUAAAGGGGUGAGAGAGGGGGAAGGGAUGGAAAGGAGGUAUGAGGGAGGAGACCAGUAGAGACAUAUUUCAAAGCAAAUAUCUGCCUGAUUCAGUAAGUGAAACUGGAAGGUAAGUGAACAGCCAGUUGAUGUUUAUAAAGGGGUUUGCAACAGGCUGACAUGAAAUAAGGAAACUAGUUGGUUGAGAAAAAAGGACAGUAAGGGGGCGGAAAAAAACCAAGAGAAACAACAGCAAAGAAGGAGCAACACAAAAAGCAGAUUUUCACCACCACACCAUUCUACAAAGAAAAGAUGGAGUACAAAGUGACCGUGGCCACCGGGACCUCCGAAUAUUCAGGAACCAAUAACUAUAUAUACGUGACUCUGGUUGGAGAGAGAGGAGAGAGUGAGAGAACUGUGCUGGACAAUCCAGGCCUAGACUUCCGCAGAGGAGCAGUGGAUGAUUACACAGUUAAAAGCUCUGCUGAUUUGGGUCCACUGAUACUGGUGCGUCUGGAGAAGCAGAAGUACUGGGUGGAGGAUAACUGGUUCUGCCGUUACGUGAAAGUUAGUGUACCUGGACAAAGAUGCAGCUAUACUUUUCCCUGUUACCGUUGGCUAGUGGGAGAUAAAGUGGUGGUAGAGCUGAGAGAAGGCACAGCCAAAAAGAUCAGUGAUGACACUUUGCCACUGGAGAUAUCUCACAGAAAAGCAGAGCUUCAGGAGAGGCAAAAAAUAUACAGAUGGCUUGCAUGGGCCCCAAGCAUCCCAAAAUGCAUUGAUGCCAAGUCAGAGGCUGAUCUCCCCCAGGACGCUCGCUUUGACAACGAGAAGCGCAGUGACUUUGUGGGAUCCCUUCACUAUGCGCUUUUGGAGCUCUCUCUGAAAAAACUGGCAAUCAAGUUCGGGAAGUCCUGGAAUGACCUGGACGACUUCAAAAGGAUCUUCUGGAAGCUAAGAAGCCCUAUAGCUGAAUACACAAUGAACCACUGGAAAGAAGACUGGUUUUUUGGUUACCAGUUCCUCAAUGGCUCAAACCCACGUAUGAUUACCAAAUGCAAAGAGCUGCCCUCAAACUUCCCUGUCACUGGAGACAUGGUGCAGUCUUCUCUGAUACCUACAACCACGCUGAAGGAGGAACUCAAGGAAGGAAAUAUAUUCCUGGUUGAUUAUGCGAUAAUGGAUGGGAUUCCUGCCAAUGUAAUUAGAGACAGGAUACAGCACAUAGCUUCCCCGCUUUGCUUACUGUAUGAGCAUCCUGAGAAAGGUCUUAUUCCCAUCGCCAUACAGCUUGGUCAGAAACCUGAUAAGGACACACCCAUAUUUCUACCUAGCGAUCCUCCUCUGGCCUGGUUGUUGGCUAAGAUGUGGGUUCGUCACUCUGAGUUCCAGGUCUUUCAGUUGUUAUCACAUCUGCUUCGCACACACUUGGUGGUAGAAGUGAUCUGUGUGUCCACACUCCGACAGCUGCCUGCUGUUCACCCUAUAUAUAAGCUCUUAACUCCACACCUGAGGUAUACGCUUGAGAUUAAUUGUCGUGGAAGAACACAGCUCCUCUCAAUGGAUGGCAUCUUCAAAAAGGUGGUAUCAACAGGUGGAGAUGGACUCUUGAUUCUGGCCCAAAGGGAGUAUAAAGUAUUAACCUAUCGCUCCCUCCAGCCCAAAUUUGACUUCUUGGACAGAGGAGUUACUAAACUGAAAGACUAUUUCUACAGGGACCAUUCCAUGAUGCUGUGGAAUGUAAUUCAAAAUUUUGUUUCAGGAAUAGUUUCCCUGUACUACAAGAGUGAUAGUGAAGUUGAACAGGACUCAGAACUUCAGGCGUGGAUUCAUGAUGUGGCUGUGGAGGGCUUUGUGGAUGUGCCUCAUUUUGGCCUAGCCAGUGAGCUGAAGACAAAAGAAGAACUCAUCACACUGUUAAGCGUGGCGAUCUUUACCAGCACAGCACAACAUGCUGCCACCAACAAUGGACAGUUUGAUUGGUGUGCGUGGGUUCCCAAUACACCCUGCACCAUGCGGCACCCUCCACCAACAGACAAGGAUGCUGUCACCAUGGGCAUGAUCAUGGACACCCUCCCUGAUAUUAGCCAGUCCUGUGUGGAGAUGGCCAUCACAUGGCACUUGGGCAGAGCACAGCCGGAUGCGAUUCCAAUGGGCCAGUAUGUGGAACAGUACUUUACUGAGCCUGCUGCUUUGAGGGUGAUUGAUAAAUUCAGAAAGGAGCUGAAAGAACUGGAGGAGCAGAUAAUAGCUCAGAAUGAGGGACUGGAACUGCAGUACCUCUAUCUGUGCCCAAGCCGCGUGGAAAAUAGCAUCACCAUUUAAAGAAAACUUUCAUUCCAAAUUUAUGUAUACGUAUAUGUGGAAUUUUCCUGAGUAGGUCAGCUAAAUCUUAAAGUUAGCACACAUUCAAAUUACACCCAAAGUGCCUUUCCUAGCUAUAGCGGAGACCUAUGCCUUUCUCAGGAAUGAAAGCAGAAAUACUGUGACAUAAUUAUGUAAUUUGUUUAGUUUGUAACACUUUUUAAAGAAUUAAUGCUUUACGUUGGUGUUUUGUUGUUGUUGUUGUUUUACCUUCAAUUUCAUGAACAGUAUUUUUUCUUUCUUUUGAAAAUUGUUAAAAAUAAAAUAAAAUAAAAAAAACUUUGUCAGAGGUCACAAUUUGUUUGAGUUGAGAGCUGAACUGAUUUCUGUGGAUUUUUACUCACUGCUGUAUUGUUUAAUACAUGUUAUCAGCCUUAAAAUAUGCACUUCAAAUGUGCUGCAUAUAUAGCCCAUUCUUCUUCCAGAUGAGGACAAUGAAACAUGCAUUACUACUAUACUUUUCCAAUAGCUGUAUUAAAAAAAACAUGCAUUGUACAGAUACUUUCCAUAGCAAAUAAAGUCUGUUUCG